CAUGCUGCCUCCUAUAAAUAUGCCUUCUCCCUCCCUAUCCCCAGAUCUCAUCACAAUUUUCAUUGUAAAAAAAAGUCUUGUGAUUCAUAGCCUUCCUCAUAGGAGUUUUGUGAUGCAAAUUCCUCAACUAGACAAGCGCUUCUCUUUGCUGCUCUGCAUAAAGUUGAAGACUGCAGUGCUUGUCAUUUAUCGCAAGUUACAACUCACACGCCUCACGCUUGUGCGUAUAUGGUGUUAGUUGAAGAGAAGAGUCCUACCAAUUGUUGUGCGCACAUAAUUUUUGGGUAUGAGAUAUUUUGACAUGUUUAUAGAGAUUUUAGUUGCCAAUUUAUCUUCCAACAUGCCCUUUCUUAGCUAUCAAAUAUAGGCAUUUGCUUUGAUCUUGUAUCUUGAAGCAACUAGCCUAAUGAACUUGUUCCUUGGAAUUAUGUGCUGAAAUUUCUUUUUUGUUUUCUUUUAUUGGAAUAAGUAUCUUCAUAUAAUUUCGCACCAUCUAGCCUCGUUAAAAGAAGUUGGUCUCACGAAUGAAAUUGUCGAAGACCUCAAGCAAUCCUGAUAGAAAACAAUCUAUAGAUUGGCUCUCCUUCAUCAUUGAUGACCAUGCUAAGUUGGCAAUUCCGGUUGGACCUCGAUUCCAAGUAGACAUUCCAUCUUGGAAUCCCCCAUCCUCAAAGAGUCGCAUAACUAUUGGUGAAACUGAGUUGAAUGAUGAAAAUAAGUGGCUGGACUCGAUAAUAUGGCCGCCGAAAGGAAGAAGCCAAAAUGUGUACCAUGAUAGGGUCGGAAGAGGAAGACCUCAAGAUUGUUUAUGUGCAUUUCCUGGGUCUAUAGAGUGCGUUAGACAACACGUGUCAGCCAAAAGGUUCCAAUUAAAGGUCGAACUUGGCCCCGUCUUUUGGAAAUGGAGGUUUGAUGUCAUGGGAGAUGAUGUCUCCAAGCUAUGGAAUCAGGAGGAACAGAGGAAAUUUAAUGAUAUCGUGAAAAAGAAUCUUACAUCUCAUGAUACAAGCUUUGUGGAGGCCGCCUCACGAUGUUUGCCAUGCCAUAGCAAAGGAAGCAUCAUUAGCUACUAUUUGAACGUGUACAUCCCAAGGCAGAUAGGUGUUCAAACUAGGUCGAGUUGCAAUAUCGUCGACACAGACGAUGAUAACAACAAUGAUGAUGAGGAAGAUAAUAAUGGCGAUGAUGAUGAUUUUGUCAAUGAUGGUGAGGACGUCAUGCAUCCCAAGGGGUCGCUUAAGAGGUUACGUGCUGGCUUUACUUCCUCCACUCGUAAAUAUAUGAAGAUCGCGUUUGACCUCAUGCCGUUCAAUGUAUGCUUCAGGAUUAUGAUGGAACUGAAAUUGCCAUGAAAGUCGGAAUAUGAGAUGAGAAGAUCAAAGCUGAGAUUUGAUCGAGACCAGCAAGUGAGAAGAACAUGAUCAUCGUUGGCCAAGAGAAGAUCUCAUAACAUGAGCAAAGGUUUAUAGAAAAUCUCAUCACUGAAUGAAUUGCAAUCUCAUCGUUUGAAAGAAAUGAUGAUGCAGCAAAAGACGGUGGUGCCACAUUGUGUACCGUGACCUUAAUAAUAGUGAUAUAUCUGAUGUAGCAUAAAAAUAAUGAGAAACAGAUUUAGAUACUGGCUGGCAAAUUUUGCUGUGACAUUCUUAUCACGUGUAGUGUAGCCACACAAUCAAUCCAUUGUGUAAUAAUGCCUUGCUGAAACUAGUGCAUGAAAAGUGGUGUUUCAAUCUUGUAUUCAUGGUAAAAUCCAUGCUGCUCAGUUAAACUUAAAUCCA